AUGACGGUCCUCAGACCGGCAUCAAUACGCCUCUUUUUUCUCAAUCCCUCCGGCCUCUCAUCGUCUCAUAUGGGCCCCUCGAAUUCUCUUUCCUCGUUCCUACUUCGCUUCAUUCUCAUGCCUCUUCACUGCUUAGAGGAAUUGGCGCAGGAUGGCGAGCCUUCCUCUGUCACCGAAUUGGUGGCGCUUUAUAUUGGUCAUGUGGCUCGUGAGGUCGAGGAGGGCGACGACGAUGCUCAAGGAAGCUGUCUUGAAGUCCUCAAGCUCGACUUGAACGAGUUUGAGCGUGCGUUCGUGCACGCAACGAUGUCCACGCUGUGGCAGCGGCUCUUUCCAGAAUCGUCUCUACGAAGACCCAGGUACUGA